UGCAAAAGCAUAAUAAACAGACAGUCACCACAAGAGCCCAAAAAAAAAAGGGUUUUGGUCAUAUGAGAUGGCUCAGAACGGUUCGAACGACGUGAAGCUGAUCGGAGCGUGGCCGAGUCCGUUCGUCCUGAGGGCUCGAAUCGCACUUAACCUGAAGUCCGUAGAGUAUGAGUUUCUUGAGGAGGACAUUCUCAACUCAAAGAGUGAGGGUCUGAUCAAGUACAACCAUGUCCACAAUAAUAUCCCUGUUCUCGUCCAUGGCGGUGAGCCCAUCAGCGAGUCCCUCAACAUCCUUCAAUACGUGGACGGAGUAUGGCCGUCGGAUCCGCCCAUCCUUCCGUCCAAGCCGUUCGAUCGUGCCGUGGCUCGGUUUUGGGACAUGUACAUCGAUGAACAUUGCUAUACAUCGAUCAAUGGGCUCGCCGGUGCAAAAGACGAAGAAGGGAGAAUGCAGGUGGUAGAGAAGCUGAAAGGGUGUAUGGCGCUUUUGGAAGAAGCGUUUCAGAAAUGCAGCAACGGCGGGUAUUUCUUCGGAGGGGACAACAUCGGCUUCAUCGACAUCGGAUUUGGGUCCAUGUUGAGUCCACUUCGGGUUGUCGAGAAGUUUUCCGGAGAGGAAUUCCUUCAUCCGGACAAGACGCCGGGACUUUUCCGGUGGGCCGAAAGAUUCUGCGGCCACGACGCCGUCAAACAUGUCAUGCCCGAUGUCGAGAAGCUUGCUGCUUUCGCCUUGCUCAAGUUCAAUCGUUAAAUUGCGAGAACCCGUAAAAAAAUAAUUAAUUAUAUUGUCUCUGUGACACAAUGUUCCGAAGGACAAUGAAGUGAUGUUGUUCUUUUGUAUCUUUCAUAUGGUAACCAUAAAAGUGUAUGUUUUAUCGCGAUGUUUUUUUUUUUUUAUAAUCCGAAAGUUCACCGGGUCUUUGGUCCAGGGUUUAUCGUGAUGUUUGUAAUAACUCACAUUAAUAACUUCUAUUACCAAGUGAA